AUGCCCUCCAAUUCCUUUGCAUCUCCAAACAAAUCACAGAGCUUCGCAGAGCAUUUUGCAUUUCCGUUCUUCUUCAGCUUCUUCAGCAGCUGUGAAUUAAUGGCAUCCGUGAAGGCAUACGUGCUGCUGUUCACGGCCUUCUUCUUCUCCGGGCUCGUGCAGCUGUCCAUGGCGCAGCACAAGCAACCGGCGGCAGCGCGGGUGAUUGACGCAAAGGGGAUUGAUCAAGCGAUCGCGUACCUGCUCAUGUUCGCUGCGCUGUUCGUCACCUACUUCGCGCACUGA